GUAUUCUAUAAUAAGCUUUGGUCUCAUAUAUCUUAAAGCCCAAUAAUUAUCUGAGAAAUUAAAUCUUAUAUUAUAACUUGUUCGGGAACAAUGGCUGAGGAUUUACAAGUAGGCGGUUUUGAAGACCCCUUCGUUGUAAGAGACGCAGGGGCCAAGGGGAUGGGUUGUUAUGCAGCGAGAGAUAUCAAGGCCGGCGAACGUGUUCUUGUGGAAAGGUGCCUCCUUUGGCAAGUAGAUUAUACGGAUGUUUAUGACAGAACCAACAGUCUACUCCAGUCUUAUUUAGGACUGAGUGAAGCAGAUAGGGCAAAAGUUCGGAAUUUAUACUCGGACACAAAUCCCAACUUUAGGCUUCGAAACCGGGCAGCAUUUGAGCAUAGCGGUGAGCUAAUAACAGAAGAUCAAAUCGAUGAAUGUGUCACCGUCAGGCUUGUUCAUGCUGCCAACAACUUCGAGAUAGAGAGUGCUAAGACAGCUUCGGACGGAACAAUCAUUCCCUCUCGAUCUGGCGUCUUUGUUAAGGCAAGCAGGUUUAAUCACUCCUGCGAUCCUAAUUGCUGGUACACUACAACCUCAUGGACGGGACAUUUUAUCUGUACACCAAUGCGGCCUAUCAAAGAAGGCGAGGAAAUCACAAUCAGCUAUAUACCUAAUCAAGCGACCAGGGAAAUCCGGCAGGCUUUAUUGCGGAAGUCCUGGAAAUUCAUAUGCACCUGUAAUAGAUGCGAAGGAUGGGAUCUUGAAUACGACGCUCUACUCGAGGAAGCAUACAAGGUGCAGAAUCCCGCUGCCGAUGAAGAGAGAAUAUUACCAGGUUUUAUACAAGGGGGGAGAGAGGCAGAGGAGCGCCGUAUACUCCGGCGUGCUGAGAUUCUUGAAGCACUACAUUGGCCUCCGGAGCUAUAUUUCGGGUACAUAGAUGCGGCGGAGUAUUUCGUCCAGCUCCACCAAGAACUCCAGGGGGCGGAUAUGAAGCAGAGCUUAAUCUACUCUCAAACAGCCGAACGUUACCUAGACAACGCAGUCAUAGUAGGGGAAGAAGUUUGGGCGCCUGGUGAGAUAAUAUGGCAAGAUUGUAUAGACUAUGCACAGAGGAUCAAGUUAGGAAUUGCUCGAAUAAAGGAAGCUUUAGAUAAACCUAGCGAAAGCUAG